AAGCAAGCAAUACCAACUUUACCUUUAUUUGCCUUUUCUUUUUCUUCAAGUACAUCUCUUUGUAACUUAUGGUUGUUGGAAAAUGUGGUUGAGUAUUUUCCAACCUCACUCUUCCUCUAUACGUACUACUCUUCAGAGCUUUCUCAUACGAUAAUCCUUUCUAUUUUCUUCCAACUUUUCUUUGUGUGCCAGUUUUGUGCUCGCUAAAUUAGAUAUUCUAAUUUAAUCUCUGCUGAGACUCCAGAGAGCCGGUGACAUUGUUGCUUCUUCUACUUCUGGGAAUGUUAUGGAACUUCUCCAUCCAAUUGUCUGUUUCGUGUAAUAAAAUCUGUCACUGCAAUUGUUAAAUAGACAAGUAAUCCAUUCACAAAAUAGCAAUUAUGCCAUUCGGGUUGGUCUCAGCAUGGAACAAGCGCAGAAGAAGCAAGUCCCAAGAUCACACAGACCCGUGGAUUUACAGACCUGCAGAGUAUUGGCAGCUCGAAAAUCAAACAACCCAAACUCCGAAAAGACACCGGGGAUCAUCCGUUUUUACGCUCAGGGAAAUGGAAGAGGCAACGUGCUCUUUCAGCGAUGAAAAUUUUCUUGGGAAAGGAGGAUUUGGCCGAGUUUACAGGGGCACUUUGCGGUCAGGAGAGGUUGUUGCAAUCAAGAAAAUGGAGUUGCCGCCAUUUAAAGCAGCUGAUGGGGAACAAGAGUUCCGGGUUGAAGUUGAUAUCUUAAGCAGACUUGACCAUCCAAAUCUGGUUUCCUUGAUAGGGUACUGUGCUGAUGGCAAACACCGCUUUCUGGUAUACGAGUACAUGCAAAAAGGGAACCUGCAAGAUCACUUAAAUGGAAUUGGGGAAGCAAAAAUGGACUGGCCUUCAAGACUCAAAGUGGCACUUGGGGCAGCUAGGGGCCUUGCUUAUCUUCAUUCAAGCUCUGCUGUUGGGAUUCCGAUUGUUCACAGAGAUUUCAAAUCCACCAAUGUGCUACUAAGUGCCAACUUUGAAGCAAAGAUAUCUGACUUUGGCCUGGCCAAGUUGAUGCCAGAAGGUCAGGAGACUUACGUGACUGCUAGAGUUCUGGGCACCUUUGGCUACUUUGAUCCUGAGUAUACAUCGACGGGGAAACUCACUUUACAAAGUGAUGUUUAUGCAUUUGGAGUGGUUCUUUUAGAACUUUUGACUGGACGCAGAGCAGUCGACAUAAACCAGGGGCCAAGUGAUCAAAACCUUGUAUUACAGGUGAGGCACAUAUUGAAUGAUCGAAAGAAGUUGCGUAAGGUGAUAGAUCCAGAGCUUAAUCGAAGUUCAUACACCAUAGAAUCUAUAGCCAUGUUUGCAAACCUGGCAUCACGCUGCGUCCGUACUGAGAGCAAUGAGAGACCCUCAAUGACAGAAUGUGUAAAAGAACUCCAACUGAUUAUCUAUACAAAUUCAAAAGGAUUGGGAACGCCUAUGCAUGCAUUCAGAAUGGUCUAAAAAACCAAAAUGUUUCUUCAGCAGCAUGUAAUUCUAUAGAAUAAACAUCCUCUGUUUUCAUUGAUUGGAUUCUUAAACCCUGGAAGCCAAGGGACGUAACAGUACCACAACAUAAUAAUUUGAUAUAGGUCCCAGAAAAGAAGAACUUGAGUUUUUGUCAGUUACUAUAGAAGAAAUUUAAAGAUAAAGUUGAAUGUUUUACGGUAUAACUGAAAAAGAAAAAUCUGGAAAAGUGACAAGGUAAUAAUUGAGUAUCUAAGUUCGGAAGGGACAUUUUCUGGCAAAUCUGGUUGUGAUCCAGCAUCAUCAUCUUGUUAACAGCUGUUUCUAUGAAUUAUAUACUGUUCAAAGACAUGGGAUAUGUAUUAUGUACUUAAAAUAAAGCUAUAAUGCAAUCAGAUCCUUACAUUGAGUUUACCGCCAA